AAGAAAAAUAUGGCGAAAUGUCAUCCGUGAAAAUUUUUAAAUUGCAAAGUUUUGCUAAAAUUUCUCUGUGUUUACCCAAUUAGUUUUAAAUUACUUUUUAAUAAAUAAAAAUUAAGUAGGAGAAAAUGUUUUCCAUUAAAUAAUCGAAAAAAAACUCUAAUAAAAUAUCCAUUAUAAUCUAGUUUAUCACUUGUUGUUUUUUUUUCCUUCUACAACUCAUCCUUUCGCUGAGAAAAUAAAUAAAUUAUCUUGUGUUCUUUUUGAUUGCAAAAAAUAUUAAAUCAAUUUCGGAACAAAAAAUCAUUUUUUAUCAUUAUUCUAAUUUAAAAUUCAUUUAAAUAAACUCGAAAAUCAUUUGAUUAAAUGAAUUUGUAUUCAAUAAAAAAGAUCUUUCAUGUCUCGAUUCUGUUCCACAUAAUUUUGCGUGUAAAUCGAUAAUUUGCAAUGUAAACUAGCAACUAAUGAGAAAAGCACGAAUGAGAUAAAUCACUGAUAAGUCUGUGUUCCACUUAAAAAAAAAUAAAAGCUGAGAGUUCUUAAUUGUGCUGAGGUUUUUUUGCGUGAAUUUGUAUACAAAAUAACAAACUACCAAUCUGCAGUGUAUACUUUUUUUUUGUUUGUUGGAUUUUUCUGUUUGUUGUUUCUGUUGGUUGAAAAAAACAACAUUUAACCAUCGAAAUGGAACAAGAAAUUGGAACUUGGGAUUCGGUGCUGUUAGAGAAUUUAUCUGAAGAUAGUUUUAUCAACAAUAUUCAUCAACGUUAUAAAAGAGAUCACAUAUACACUUACAUCGGGACAUCAGUUGUUGCUGUCAACCCAUACCGCCACAUAUCGGAGCACACUUCAGAAAUAAUUCGAGCUUACGGGAGUAAAGGCAUUUUUCAAUUGCCUCCGCAUAUCUAUGGCCUUGCAAAUUUAGCUUACCAGUCCUUAAAGGAUCAAAGUGAAGAUCAAUGCAUUAUACUAUUAGGUGAAAGUGGUGCAGGAAAAACUGAAUCAUUUAAAAUGGUUGUCAACUUUCUCACUCACAUUCAAGAUGCUCAAAGGAGCAAACUCAAAUGUCCGUUGGCUACAUCAAGACGUCGAACUUCCAGUAGUUGUUCAGGAAGUUAUGUUGCGUGUCCGAAUUCACGACUCUCCACUCCAAAGAAACAAUCGUCGACAGCCACCCAGCACAUGUCAACCGGAACACAAGAGUCUUUGUUAAGAGUUCGAGCUGAAAGUAGUGAUCGUUCAUCUAGAAGAAACAUACGCGAAAAAGUUGUUGAUUUUGAUUUUUCCCAUCAUAAGAGUACAGAAAAUUUUGACGAACUUCUCCCCCAUCGCCAUGAGCGAACUUCGAUUAUAUCAACAACGGUGCCAACGAAAUCCUGUUUCAAACACAACUACAAUGAUGUAUCACUGAGUCGCCAAAAAUCCGAUAAAAUCUUGUGUGAUGCCUCGACAAAUGUAUCGAUGGGAAAACUAAAUUCUGGGCCAAGUUGUGGUGAUUCAACUUCAUAUAAUGUUGCAUUCAAAGGAUCACCAUACAGCACUCCUAGUACAACAGCAACUGGUUGUCGACAGUGUGGUCACAAUAAAUGCACCCGACAACGUAGUUUUGAAGUUGAUGAAAAAGCAUGCAGUAGCAGUGCUAGUACGAUUUCUUACAAAAUGAAAGCUGAUGUCAAAAUGAGAGGAAGCUGUUCGAGUUUGAUACGGCAACAUUCAAAUGAAAGUUCGACAAGUCGAGAUAUUAUUCCGGGAUCGGCAAUUAGUUCAUCGAGAAUUUCUCUUUUUGAUGCUCAUCGGCUUAAUCAAAUGUAUGGAGAAAAUUUAAAAUCAAACAGAAAUGUUUCAACAACAAACAUAUUGAUGCAUUGUAGAAAUCCAAGAAUGAGGGAAUGUGUUACGUGCGCUGAUGUUUUCUUAGAAGCUAUGGGCAAUGCAACAACUUUAAAAAAUAACAAUUCGAGUAGAUAUGGAAAAUUUUUUGAUAUCGAAAUUGAUUUCAAAGGCGAUCCUAUAGGAAUUCACAUAACACAUUACAUGUUGGAGAAGACCCGCGUUACACAUUUAAAUCCUGGAGAAAGGAAUUUUCAUAUAUUUUAUCAAUUGUUAUUGGGUGCUGAUGUGCAGUUUUUAAAAUCACUUAAACUCUAUCGAAAUGUUGAGAAAUAUGAGAUUUUGAAGAACACAACAGCCAUCGAAGAGGAUCGUAGUAAUUUUCACUAUACAAAGAAAUCUCUUGAAGUUCUCGGUUUACACGCAGAUGAGAUUCAGUCGAUGUUUCGCAUUAUUGCGGUUGUUUUGAAACUCGGUAAUUUUAUCUUUGUACCAAUUACUAAUAUAGACGGCACAGAAGGCUGUCAGGUUUCCAAUGAUUACGAGUUACAGGAAACGGCUCAGUUACUUAAUCUAGAUGCUCAAAUUUUAUUACAUUGCCUUACGCGAGCUAGCGCUGCUUGUAUGCAUGAAGAUGCUGGUUGCGAACUUGAUGCCCGACAAGCAACAGCGUACAGAAAUACAUUAUGUCGAACACUUUACAGUCGACUCUUUACUUGGCUCGUCAAUAGAAUUAAUGACUCAUUGAAAUCAAAUCAAAGAGAAAAAAAUUUAGCUUUACUAGACUUUUACGGUUUCGAAAUUUUUGAUAACAAUUCUUUUGAACAAUUCGCAAUAAAUUACUGUGCUGAGAAAAUACACCAGAAUUUUAUAUACAACGUUCUUAGGCUAGAACAAGAGAUUUAUGUCAGAGAAGGCCUAGAAUGGUCUCGCAUUGAUUUUUUUGAUAAUGAAUCAAUAUGCGAGCUCAUCGAUAAGCCAUGCUAUGGCAUUUUAAGUCUCAUUAAUGAACCGCACAUAAGCACAGAUGAAGCACUCUUAAUUCGAAUACAACAAUGCUGUGCUGGCCAUCCAAAUUUCCUAACAAGUGGUCCAACAAUGACUUCAAUGAGUUUUAAAAUAAGACACUUCGCUAAUGUAGUCAACUAUUCGGUUCAUCGGUUUCUGGAAAAAAAUUCAGAUGUGCUUCCCAAAAAUAUUAGCGCAGGUCUAUACCAAAGCAAAAUGUCUUUAGUACAAAGCCUUUUCCCAGAAGGCAAUCCAAAACGUUCAACCAAGAAACCCUCUACCCUUAGUGCCAAUUUACGCACCCAAUUACAAACCCUUAUAGCUAUAAUCAAAAAUCGCGGAACUCAUUAUGUAUUCUGCAUUAAGCCGAAUGAGGCCAAGCAGCCAAGAACAUUCGAACUAGCCUUAGUACAACAUCAAGUGCGUUACAUGAGCCUUAUGCCUUUAGUGAAUCUCUGUAGGACAGGGCACUGUUUUCAUCUAUCUCAUGGGAAAUUUUUCAAUCGCUAUAAACUGCUAAACAGUGUAACAUGGCCACACUUCCACAGUGGCAAUACCGUUGAAGGUAUUGCUUUGAUUAUACGUAAUGUGCCCUUGCCAUCAGCAGAAUUUACAAUUGGAACAAAAAAUGUCUUUAUUCGAAGCCCACGAACUGUUUUUGAAUUGGAACAAUUUAGAAAAGCACGCAUGGAUGAUUUAGCUAUCCUGAUACAGAAAACAUAUCGAAUGCACAUGCGCAGAAAAACCUUUUUGCGGAUGAGAGAGAGCCAAAUUGUAAUAUCGAGUGCCUGGAGAACAUGGAGGGAGUGUCGCUUUGGUAUUCCGUUCACAGGCCGCAGGCAUCUGUGGAGUUUAUAUAGAAUAGCUAAAGAAGAAUAUCGUGCUAUCAAGUAUCGAAAACAAGUUGAAUGGGCUGUUGAAGUUAUUUUUCAAUUCUAUAGAAGAUGGAAAAUUCGAAAUUUUCUUCUUACACUUCCGCUACGUCUUCCACCAAAUACAUUAAGUCCGCUUUCUACAGAAUGGCCGAGUGCGCCAAAAUUUUUAGUCGAAACUUCAAGAAUUUUACGGGCAAUUUAUCAUCGUUGGAAAUGUUUUAUCUAUCGGAAUUCAUUUGAUCAAACAUCACGAAAUCGUAUGAGAGAAAAAGUUACUGCGAGUAUAAUAUUUAAGGAUCGAAAAGCGUCGUACCCGAGAAGCGUUGGACAUCCUUUCGUUGGGGACUACGUAAGACUGCGCCAUAAUUUACAAUGGAAAAAGAUUUGCGUUGAAACAAAUGACCAAUAUGUGGUUUUUGCGGAUAUCAUUAACAAAAUAACUCGUUCAAGUGGAAAGUUUGUGCCAAUUUUAUUAGUUUUAUCAACAUCAUCAUUAUUGCUCUUGGAUCAGAGAACAUUACAAAUAAAAUAUCGUGUACCAGCCGCAGAAAUAUAUCGCAUGUCAUUAAGCCCAUAUUUAGACGACAUUGCAGUCUUUCAUGUAAAAGCUUCCGAAUUUGGUAGAAAAAAAGGUGAUUUCGUCUUUCAGACCGGUCAUGUCAUAGAAAUUGUUACAAAAUUAUUUCUUGUAAUACAAAAUGCAACUAGUAAGCCGCCAGAAAUACACAUAAGUACCGAAUUUGAAGCUAACUUCGGACAACAAACUGUCGUUUUCACAUUCAAGUAUGGUGGUAUGUCGGAGUUUUCACAAGGUCCACCAAAAGUUAGCAGAAAAGGAAAUAGGAUGGAGAUUAUUGUAUGAUCGUCAUUAAGGUGUAAUCCAGGAACUGUUAGGUAUUAAAUUUUGUUAGAUUUAUUAUUGUGUGUGCCAAAAAUUUAACUGUGCCAAUUAAGUCAUAAAAACAAAUGAAAUGACGAGGAUAACUUUUAAAAAAUCUGUCAUUUUUGGUUUUGAAAUUCAUUUUCUUAAAACUAUAUAAAAAUUGGGAUCAACUUAAA